AUGGCUUCCAUGCUAUUCAACGCGAGUGGUGUUCGACCACGGUCUCCACCCUCGGGCCUUGCCAAUAUCCUAAAUAAAGCCCACCCCCUAAAACUUCAAGCCCAACAGAUUGAUAUGGAAGCCAUCAAAUCCAAAUACGAGGCAGAGCGAGCGAAGCGCUUUCGCAAAGACGGCGUGGCGCAAUUUAAGACCCCAAAAGGCUCCUACUCCCGUUUUGCAAAGGACAUGAUCACACCACCGUCAGCUCCUCGAGAUCCUAUUACAUCCGAGACCAAGGUUUUGAUAGUGGGCGCGGGCUUUGCAGGAAUGACCACUGCUGUCAAGUUGAAGAAGGAUCAAGGCAUUGAUGACUUCGUGAUUCUAGAUAAAGCAAGUGGUUUUGGGGGAACGUGGUACUGGAACCAAUAUCCGGGAGUUGCUUGUGAUGUUGAAUCAUAUCUGUAUCUCCCCUUCCUCGAAGAAACGGGAUAUAUACCAGAAGACCGCUUUUCCUAUGGUCCCGAAAUUCGCAAGCACAUGGGAAGGAUUGUGUCAAAGUGGGAUCUAGCGAAACAUGCCCACUUGCAGACUGAGAUCACCUCCAUGUCCUGGGACGAGUCGAUUCGUCGCUGGCACGUUCGUACCAACCACUCGGACCAUUUCAUUGCACAAUUCGUUGUUCUCGCCACGGGAACAUUCCAUGAGCCAAAGCUUCCGGGGUUGAGCGGAAUCCAGGACUUUCAGCGGCCUCAUUUCCACUCCUGUCGGUGGGACUACAGCGUCACUGGAGGAUCCCCUGACAACUGGAACAUGACCAAGUUGGCGGACAAAACGGUCGGAAUCAUUGGAACUGGAGCAUCUGCUGCCCAGCUGGUACCACAGUUGGCUCGGUGUGCGAAGAAGCUGUUCGUCUUCCAACGAACGCCGUCAUCAAUUUCCCUACGGGAGAACUUUAAAACAGCAAGCGAUCCAUACAUGGAUGUUGCUGAGGUUGCGAAACAGCCCGGCUGGCAACAAGCUCGGAUGGAGGAGUUUGCCAACAUCGUUCAGGGUGCCAUCUUGGAUAAAGACUGUGCUGCGCUGGAAGGUCUGGAGGCUAUAACUCCACGAGCACUCUUUAAACAAGCCGAGCAGGCUGGCGUGAAAUUGCAAACCGAGGAGAUCCCAGAGUUGCUGCAGAUAGCUGAUUUCGUGCUCAUGGAGAAACUUCGCAAAGUCAUUGAGGACACGGUGACAGACAAGGAGACAGCGGAAAAGUUGAAACCCUGGUAUCCGUUCAUGUGUAAGCGGCCGGUCUUCCACAACGACUACCUGGGUGCUUUCAACAAGCCCAACGUCGAGCUCAUUGAUACGGAUGGCAAGGGGGUUUCGCAUCUCACCGGGACGGGCGUUGUCGCCAAUGGCCACGAACAUGAGGUCGACUUGCUGAUAUACUCGACCGGAUUCGACUACGAGACCGAUGCGAACUUCCAUCAGCGGACAGGUAUUGAUCUUCUCAGUGCCAAAGGAAAAACACUCGACGAGACGUGGGAGGAGCGAGGGGGUCCCCUGACCUUGUUCGGCAUCCAUUUCCGUGACUUCCCCAACCUAUUCAACAUUGGUCCAUCGCAGGCUGGUGUGACUGCGAACUGGACACACACUGCCUAUGUGGCCGGCGAACACAUUUCCAACGUUAUCUCUAGUAUCCUUCGCCGAGGGGAGGGCAAUUUGGAAUCUAUUGAACCAACUGAGGAAGCAGCUGAAGAUUGGGGGAAGCAGGUCGAUGAAGGGCAUGAGAUGAGGCUGCAGUUCAACAAAGCCUGUCCGCCUGGAUACUACAACAAACAGGGGAAGCCUGAGGAGGUUCCAUCCCGCAUGGCAUACUAUCCUAAGGGUAUAAUAGAGUGGCAGAGUGUGAUGAAGAAGUGGAGAGAGGAAGGUAGCUUCCAGGGAAUGGAGAAGCGAUAA